UCCGACGUAUUUUAACUCCUUUUGUCCACGACUAUCCAAUUGCGCAGUGGUGUUUGUCCUGGGGCCUUUAUUUUUGAGACUUCCGUCGACGCUGGGUGGGCCGCGUCCCUUGCGGCGGGCGGCCUGCGCCUGCGUUUUCUACCCACUUUUGGGCAUUGUGCUGAGACGUUACGCAACUCUUCGUGACCUCCGUUCGUGUCUUGGCCAGAAAUUAUUCUCCUCCUCCCAGGAAGUUCGCCCAACAAGGGCAACCAGAGCAUCUGCGAGACGUGGUAAGAAAGCGGCAACUCCAGCUCGUGGAACUAAAACUCGUCGUGGGCGUGCUGCUGCAGCAUCAGAGAGUAUGGAUGAUGAUGUCGAACAGUUAAAUGGAUCUUCCAAUGAGAAUGGAAAUUCUGAUGCUGUACCUGAACUUGACGAUGUUGCAAUGCCACCAUCCGUGAAUAACGUACAGCCAUCACCCCUUCGUGCUGGUAUCAAGCUGAAGAGCAACAGUAUCAGUGAAGACACACCAGAACAUCAGACAAUGACCACUGACAUCUAUGAAGAAGAGGCCCCUGCUGCUGCAACGGACAUAUAUGGUGAUAUGGCAGAAGAUGAAAGCAUGGACGGCUCCAGACCUGCACCCACAGAAGAAAUGGACACACAAGAGGCACAGUCGCAUCAAGAGGAAGCUCCUGCUGAAAUAGGCAAUGGAGCUGCUGAUGAGUCAGAAGCCCCAGUAAAGAAACCUAGGGAAGGGUCCAAGAGGAAACUGCCCGUUGAUGGAGAGUAUGACCCCAGCUCACCUACCUCUGAAGAUGAAAAUGAAGAAAAUCCUGCAAAGAAAGCUGCAUUGUCAUCAGAAUCAUCACCCAAGAAAGACAAAGAGUCCAAGGCUAAAGUUUUGCCGGAGCUCGAGAAGUAUUGGAAGGCAGUGAAGGAUGAUUCUGCUGAUUUCACUGGCUGGACCUAUCUUCUUCAAUAUGUUGACCAAGAGAAUGAUGUAGAAGCUGCCAGGGAAGCUUAUGAUGCUUUCCUGUCCCAUUAUCCCUACUGCUACGGCUACUGGAGAAAGUUUGCUGACUAUGAGAAGAAGAAUGGCAACAAGGACAGAUGUGAAGAGGUUUUCGAGCGUGGUGUUAAGGCCAUCCCUCUGAGUGUCGACCUGUGGAUUCACUACCUCAACUACUGCGUGAAGGAGCAUGCUGAUAAUGAAGACUUCGUGAGGGGCGAAUAUGAAAAGGCAGUUGACGCCUGUGGCCUUGAAUUUAGGUCUGACAGACUGUGGGAAAGCUACAUCAAGUGGGAGAAUGAAGGAGGCAGACUCCUAAAUGUAACCGCGUUGUAUGACAGACUACUUGCCACUCCCACCCAGGCUUACACAAAUCAUUUUGACAGCUUCCAGGCACAUGUUAACAACAACCCUCCAAACAAGAUUCUCUCUUUGGACGAGUUUUUCAAAAUUCGCCAGGAGGUUCUGCAGCAGAAGAAAACUUUUGAUCAAUCACCUGCUGCCACAGACGAUGGUGCACCUCCUGGUGAAGAUGUGGACGCACCUCCUGGUGAAGAAUCUGAACAAGUUAUUACUGCUAAAAAUGACGAGGAGACGACUGCUGUUAGGGAGCGUAUCAUCUCUAUCAGGAGAAAGGUUCACAGCCAAACAGUUGAUGCUGUCUCAGCUCGUUGGAACUUCGAAGAAGGGAUUAAGCGACCUUACUUCCAUGUGAAACCAUUGGAAAGAUGUCAGUUAAAAAAUUGGAAGGAGUACUUGGACUUUGAAAUAGAACAAGGAGAAGUGAAAAGAGCUAUUGUCCUUUUUGAGCGCUGUCUUAUUGCCUGUGCACUGUAUGAAGAAUUUUGGAUGAAGUUUGUCAAGUUCCUUCAGAGUGUCAAGGAGGGCGAUUAUAAUGAAAAAAUAAGGGAGGUUUUGAAUAGGGCUUGCACAAUUCAUCAUCCCAAGAAGCCUAGCCUUCAUCUAUUUUGGUCUGAAUUUGAAGAAAUGCAGGGAAAUUAUGACAAAGCCACUGAAGUACUGUGCCAUAUUGAGAAGCUUGUCCCUGGUAUGCUUCAAAUAGUUUAUAGAAGAAUCAACCUAGAGAGACGGCGCGGUAACUUGGAGAAGGCUAGUGAAUUAUAUGAACACUAUGUAACAAAUUCCAAGAACAAAACUAUUGUUGUUAAUACCGCCAUCAAGUUUGCCAGAUUCUGCUGGAAGGUGGAAAAUGAUAUUGAUAAAGCCAUUGGCAUUUUGAAGAAGGCCCUAGAGGCUGAACCGGAUUCAACACGUCUCAGCCUUCAACUGGUCAGCAUGGAAAUGGAACGCACCCCAAUGAACGAGGCUGCCAUCAUUGAGAUUCUAGACCAAGCUAUAGCGAGGGAUGGAGAUCCAGAGCAGAAGAUCAUGUUUUCACAACGCAAAUUAGAGUUCUUGGAAGACUUUGGAAAUGACAUCAUGAGUGUUCAAAAUGCCCAUGACGAAUUCCAACGCAUCUUUAAACAAGUCAAGGAGCGGAAGAAGAAAAACGACCCUGAUGGCAAGGGGUUAUCAGCUACAAGCUACCCCCCUCCAAGCUAUGCCCAGAAUGGAGCAUAUGCACAGGCCUACGCUGGAGCAGCGGCACCAUAUCCAGCCACUGGAGCUGUCGCUGCUGCCGCUGCCACAGGAACAACAGCAACCACCGGCACUACAGCAACAACUGCAGCUGGCUACAAUCAGCAAUACAGCCAAGCUUACAAUCAAUCUGGCGAUUACCAGAACUAUCAGAAUUGGGGAUACUCACAGACUGGCUACAGUGGUUACAAUCAGGGAUGGGCAGGUUAUUACAACUACUGAUUAUUUCA